GUCUGAAUAGAUUGAAUGAGAGAGAGAGGAGGGGAGGGCAGGACUGCGCAGAAGGAGGCGUGGAUCACCAGCAAAGCAGAAGCAUUGACUUGCACUGAAAGGGAGAGAAGCUAUAGAGAGAGGCCGAGCAGCUGAUGAAGAAGGAAUAGGUUCAAGGCAGAGCAGAGGGAGGGCGAAGGAGGAGGAGUGCCGCUCAGUGACUUCAUCCAGGCUCUGCUUUUUAAGCCUCAGGGUACAGAAGCGCACGCUUUAGAGAACCUUCGCUGCACGUCGGCGAUCUCUAGCUGAUAGCGGACUCGACUACCCUGCCGUUUUUGGCUCGCUCACGGUGGGCUUUUGGCAUCUCCUUCAACCCCCUCAAAUUUCCUUCCUCUUCGACAUCCACCGCUGUAACCCAUGAGAUACUUUCGGCUUACCUUUAAGUGCUUUGUGGACGGUUUCUGACUUUCCCCCCGCACACCAACUCCCCCGGUGUUUCUCGUUUUCCUUAAUUUUUUUACAAAAUUAUUUUUUUGCCAAACCCAUAUUUUUUUAUAUUUCUGCUGCAAUUUUUAUUUUUUUUUUGUAAAAAAAAUAGUAUUAUUUAAUAUUUAAUAUUAAGAAGGUUCUCUGGUCCACAAGCAGGUGCUAGCGGGAAAGAAAAGGAUAUAAAAGAGGGGGGGAGGGGGUGUAGGAGUCAGGUGCAAGAAGAAGGUCGAGUGCCGGUAUCUUGGGCGAUGGAGAAGAGGAGAUUGUCCUUGGACAACGGCAGCUACAAAGUGAACCUGGAGGAGAAAAAUGGACAGCUCAUACCGAGCGGGAACGGACAUACGGACUUGUGUUGCAAUGGAUCCAUCAAAGCGGGGAUCAUCUACCCCACGAAGUCCAGGACAUCGGUUCCCGAGAGAGACACUUGGAAUCGGCAGAUGGAUUUUAUCAUGUCGUGUGUGGGCUUCGCUGUUGGACUCGGAAAUGUUUGGAGAUUCCCCUACCUGUGCUACAAAAAUGGAGGAGGUGUGUUUCUCAUUCCAUAUGUCCUGAUCGCCAUCUUUGGUGGAAUUCCAAUUUUCUUCCUGGAAAUCGCCCUGGGACAGUUCAUGAAGGCUGGGAGCAUUGCUGUAUGGAACAUAGCCCCUCUUUUCCAAGGAAUCGGGUUCGCCUCGGUGGUGAUUGUGUUUUUCUGUAACACCUACUACAUUAUGAUCUUGACCUGGGGCGUUUACUACCUGGUGAAGUCAUUCACAUCAGUGCUGCCCUGGUCACACUGUAACAAUACCUGGAACACCCCGGAAUGCGUGGAGAUAUUUCGGCAAGGGGACUGCAGCAAUGCUACCUCCAAUUCCACCUAUGGGAACCUGACCUGCGAUGAACUGUCUGACAAGGUGUCUCCCAUCACCGAAUUCUGGGAGAACAAAGUGCUGAGACUUUCCUCCGGCCUGGACGAUUUGGGCUCUAUAAACUGGGAGUUGCUGCUGUGCUUGCUAUUUUGCUGGACGCUGGUUUAUUUCUGUGUCUGGAAGGGAGUCAAAUCUACUGGAAAGAUUGUCUAUUUCACCGCCACGUUUCCGUACGUGGUUCUACUAAUCCUUCUUGUUCGUGGUGCCAUGCUGCCAGGUGCUGUGGAAGGCAUUAUAUACUACCUUAAGCCUGACUGGUCCAAGCUUGGGACCGCCCAGGUGUGGAUUGAUGCCGGAACACAGAUCUUCUUCUCCUAUGCAAUAGGACUUGGAGCACUUACAGCUUUGGGCAGCUAUAAUCGUUUUCACAAUGACUGCUACAAAGAUGCCUUUAUCCUUGCACUAAUAAACAGUGGGACCAGUUUCUUUGCUGGCUUUGUGGUUUUCUCAAUUCUCGGAUUCAUGGCUAAUGAGCAGGGGGUGGACAUCUCAAAAGUGGCCGAAUCAGGGCCAGGACUGGCUUUUAUUGCAUAUCCACGAGCAGUGAGUCUGAUGCCCGUGGCACCUCUCUGGUCCGCUCUGUUCUUUUUUAUGCUGCUACUUCUCGGUUUGGACAGCCAGUUUGUUGGCGUAGAGGGAUUCAUUACUGCCAUCCUGGACCUGCUCCCAGCCCGCUACUAUUUCCGUUACCAAAGAGAGGUGGCUGUAGCCAUUUUCUGUGCAGUCAUGUUCGUCAUAGACCUCUCUAUGCUGACAGAGGGCGGGAUGUAUGUCUUCCAGCUGUUUGAUUAUUAUUCUGCCAGUGGGAUGACCCUCUUGUGGCAGACGUUUUGGCAGUGCGUGGUCAUCGCUUGGGUGUAUGGUGCUGAUAGGUUUAUGGAUGAUAUUGCUCGUAUGAUUGGUUAUCGACCCUUCCCUUGGAUGAAGUGGUGCUGGUCUGUGAUCACACCGUUCGUCUGCAUGGCGAUAUUUAUCUUCAACCUAGUGAACUACAAGCCUUUGACAUACAAUAAGACCUACACAUACCCAUGGUGGGGUGAAGCCAUCGGCUGGUGCUUUGCUUUGUCUUCCAUGCUUUGUGUCCCUCUAACCUUCAUCUAUAAAAUCACACGUGCCAAGGGGACGCUGAAAGAACGCUGGCAGCGAUUGACCGAGCCCGUCUGGGGAGCUCACCAUUUAGAGUACAUGGUACCUGAUCAAGACAUCAAAAGCCUGACCAGCUUGAGCCCUGUUUCGGACAACAAAGUGAUAAUCUUUGAGAGCGUCAUGUGAAGCCAAUCUUCACCAGCCAUGACAAUGUGAAGUCCUACACCUGUCUCACCUUUCAUCUUCUCAUUGAUCCGGACUGACAAGAACUGACACUAAUUUCCCCAUGCAUACAUCUCCCCUACCUAUUGAAGCCAAGAAUAGACAUUUAUAUAACACGUAGCUUCAUCUGCUUAUGAUGGAUUCCUCCAGGAAACAGAGGAGGAGCUCCAGCCAAAAUGUGAAUCUAAAGAACAAAAUUAUCUUGGUUAUCCUAACCCCAACAUGGGGAACCAAACCAAGUCAAUGGAAUAGCAAUGUAAUGUUCUGCCAAAUUUUCUUCCAUUUGGAAGAAUGUUAAGUGGGCAGGUUGGUGAAAUCCUCUUUCAUUUUGAUCUUGCAUCAGGUCAUCGAAAUAGCUAGGCUUUUUAUAUGAUUCGUAGAGUGUCCAUCAAUAGAGACCAGUCUUGUAGACGCUAGUAGAACCAUGAGUGGCUUUAUGUAUAUGAUGCAUAGAGUGCCCAUUAAUAGAGAUUAGUCUUGUAGAUGGUAGUAGAACCAUGAGUGGCUUUAUAUUUGAUUUCUAGAGUGUCCAUCAAUGGAGAUUAGUCUUGUUGAUGGUAGUAGAACCAUGAGUGGCUUUUUAUAGGAUUCAUAUAGUGCCCAUCAAUAGAGAUUAGUCUUGUAGAUGGUAGUAGAACCACGAGUGGCUUUAUAUUUGAUUUAUAGAGUGUCCAUCAAUAGAGAUCAGACUUGUUGAUGGUGGUAGAACCACAAGUGGCUCGUAUUGGAUGUAUAAAUAGUGAUUAGUUCUUUAGGAAAGUUAAUGCGCUACUAUGCUCUAAAGAGAAUUUCACCAAACCAA